AUGGGUAAACUGGUUGUGGACAUGAGCAAGCUGCGGCUCGUUGUUUUGGAGGAUUCCAGACCGGCGUAUUUGCGGCUUCUUGGCCAGACGCUUGGCUACGACGAGGAGACCGGGUUUUUGCGCAUUGGCAAUCUCGUUCCAGCUGACGGGAGCGAAACGUACAUUCCGGACCUACAGGUGGAUAUGAGCAAGAUUGUCUCGCGGAUGCCGCUGAACAACCCGGCUCAAGGACGGCAGUAUUGUUAA